AUGAAGUUCUCCACGAUCUUUGUUGCCACCUUCGCCACCCUUGCUGCCGCCGCCCCAGGCUUCCCUGCCUUCCAGGCCCGCGCCGCGCUCAACGAAAGCCGUGAUGGCAGCGACGGUCGCGAUGGCCGUGGAGACGGCGACCGUGGUGAGGACCGAGACGGUCGUGACGGUCGCGACGGACGCGACGGCGGACGUGGCGGACGUGACAAUGAGCUUGCCUUCGGCCAGGUCGAUCUCAACUACCUACUCAAAGUCAACGAUCUUGACCUCCGUCUGUUCCAGAACCUCGGUCGCAGGAACAACCUCAACGUGGUCAUCUUCCAGGACCUCUUUCUUUCCAAGGAGUUUGACCUCCAGUCUCUGCUGCAGUUCCAGCAACUCUCGACUCUUCUCUCGAUUGCUCAGACCGGCAUCUUCGACAGCUUCGACUUGUCCAGACUUUCGCUCGGCAGCGUCGAACUCGGCCUCAUUCGUGAUCUUGGCCGUGUCAAUCUGGCCCAGUUUAUUGAUCAGUCCUUGGUUCCCCAGAUUACAAUCAUUGCUCAACAGGGUAGGUAA